CCGAGUAGAGGGAAAAAAGAGAAGCCCAAGAGCCGCCGCACUGGCUUAUAACACAUUUUGGGGUUGCGAGUUGCGGGUUCUGAGCUUAAAGACUACUUCUUCUCUUUCACUCUCACCAUUUCACACUGCUUCUUCCUUUCUUCGUUCUUUCUGUUCCAAUUCCAACCAACUCAAACCACGAACCACCAACAUUCAUACAAUGGUCAUCGAAGCUUCUAAUCCUGCUCUUGUAACUUUCUCUUCUGACGACGUCGUUUUCAAGUCCCCUAACGACCGUCGUUUUUACCGCCUCUUACACCUCUCUAACGGACUUCAAGCUUUGAUUGUUCACGAUCCCGAGAUUUUCCCUCAAGGUCCUCUCCAAGAUGAACAUGAAGAAGAUGAUGAUGAAGGUGAAGAUGAAGAUGAAGAUGAAGAAGAUGAAGAAGACGAAGAAGAUGAUGAAGAAGAAGAAGAAGAGGAAGGAGAAGAAACUGGAAUGGAUAUAGAUGGGAAUAAGGAUGCUGCUGCUCAGACUAAAAAGGCGGCAGCAGCCAUGUGUGUAGGAAUUGGCAGCUUUUCGGAUCCUUUUGAAGCACAGGGACUGGCACAUUUUCUAGAGCACAUGCUCUUCAUGGGGAGUGAAGAAUUCCCGGAUGAAAACGAGUAUGAUAGCUAUUUAUCCAAGCACGGUGGCUCCUCAAAUGCAUAUACAGAGACUGAACAUACAUGCUACCAUUUUGAAGUAAAGCCAGAGUUUUUGAAGGGUGCCUUGAGAAGAUUUUCUCAGUUCUUUAUUUCACCUCUUGUAAAAAUGGAGGCCAUGGAGCGAGAAGUACAGGCAGUAGAUUCAGAAUUUAACCAGGCUUUGCAAAGCGAUGCUUGCCGUCUUCAACAACUUCAAUGCCAUACUUCUGCUGUUGGUCAUCCUUUAAACAGAUUCUUUUGGGGCAAUAAGAAGAGCUUGGUUGAUGCUAUGGAGAAGGGUGUUAAUUUGCGGGAGCAAAUAUUCAAACUAUACAAAGAUUAUUACCAUGGUGGAUUAAUGAAGCUUGUUGUUAUUGGUGGAGACCCUCUUGAUGUGCUUGAGAGUUGGGUUGCGGAAUUAUUUGGUGCUAUCAGAAAGGGUCCUCAAGUGAACCCCAAGUUCAGUGCAGAAGGUCCUAUUUGGAAAUCUGGUAAAGUUUACUGGCUAGAAGCUGUCAAAGAUGUUCAUAUCCUCGACUUAUUGUGGACACUUCCCUGUCUACACCAGGAGUAUUUGAAGAAACCGCAGGAUUAUUUAGCUCAUCUUCUUGGGCAUGAGGGCAAGGGAAGCUUGCUUUCCUUUCUCAAGGCUAAAGGUUGGGCUACAUCUCUCUCUGCCGGUGUUGGGGAUGAAGGAACUUAUCGGUCAACUAUAGCUUAUAUCUUUGUUGUGUCCAUAAACCUCACUGACUCUGGUGUUGAAAAGAUCUUUGAUAUCAUUGGCUUUGUCUAUCAAUACCUGAAGUUAUUGCAUCAAAUUCCUCCACAAGAAUGGAUAUUCAAAGAACUUCAAAGCAUUGGAAAAAUGGAUUUUAGAUUUGCAGAAGAGCAACCACAAGAUGAUUAUGCUGCUGAACUCUCAGAAAAUUUACUCUUUUAUCCGCCAGAGCAUGUCAUAUAUGGUGAAUAUGUUUACCAGACUUGGGACGAACAAUUGAUAAAGCAACUUCUUGGUUUCUUCAUUCCAGAAAACAUGAGAGUAGAUGUUGUUUCGAAGUUGUUCCUUAAGUCGGAACAUGUCCAAUGUGAACCUUGGUUUGGUUCACGUUAUGUUGAAGAAGACAUUGCUCAAGAUUUAAUGGAGUUAUGGAGAAAUCCUCCAGAAAUUGAGGCCUCACUACAUCUUCCAUCAAAAAAUGAGUUCAUUCCAAGUGAUUUUUCUAUACGUUCUGGUGACACAUGUGAUGAGUUUGCAAAUUCAACUUCUCCUAGAUGUAUAGUUGAUGAAGCAUUGAUCAAAUUCUGGUACAAGUUGGAUAGUACUUUCAAAGUUCCUCGUGCCAAUACAUAUUUUCGGAUCAACUUGAAGGGUGGAUAUGCUAAUGCCCGGAGUUGUGUGUUGUCUGAAUUGUUCAUUCUUCUUCUUAAAGAUGAGUUGAAUGAAGUCAUAUAUCAGGCUAGUAUUGCAAAGUUAGAAACUUCUGUCUCCUAUGUUGGCGACAAACUGGAACUGAAGGUCUAUGGUUUCAAUGAGAAGCUUCCCAUUCUCUUAUCUAAAGUUUUAUCAGUAGCUAGAUCCUUUAUUCCUACUGGCGAUCGAUUUGAGGUUAUAAAAGAAGACAUGAAGAGAACUUUGAAGAAUACCAACAUGAAGCCUUUAAAUCAUUCGGCAUAUUUGAGAUUGCAAGUUUUGUGCCAGAGCUUUUAUGACAUUGAGGAGAAGCUGCAUCAUCUAAAUGAUUUAUUUCUUGAUGAUUUGAUUGCAUUUAUCCCUGAACUUCGCUCCGAGCUAUACAUUGAGGGUCUAUGCCAUGGAAAUAUUUCAGAAGAAGAAGCAAUUAACAUAUCAAAUAUAUUUAAGACGAACUUUAUAGUAAAUCCACUUCCCAUUGAGCUGAGGCACGCUGAACGCGUUAUUUGCCUUCCAUCCAGUGCCAAUCUAGUUAGAGAUGUUAGUGUAAAGAACAAGUCAGAAAAGAAUUCUGUGGUUGAGCUAUAUUUUCAAAUUGAGCAAGAUCUUGGGUUGGGAUCAAUCAAAUUGAAAGCUUUAAUUGAUCUUUUUGAAGAAAUUGUGGACGAGCCGCUUUUCAAUCAGCUGAGGACAAAAGAGCAGCUUGGUUAUGUUGUCGAAUGUAGCCUACGGUUAACGUACCGUAUUUUUGGGUUUUGUUUCUGUGUUCAAUCAUCUGAGUACGACCCAAUUUACGUGCAAGGUAGAAUUGACAACUUCAUAGAUGGUGUUGAAGAAUUGUUGGAUGGGCUUGAUGAUGAUUCCUUUGAGAAUUACAAAAGUGGGUUAAUGGCAAAACUGCUUGAGAAAGACCAUUCGCUUAACUACGAAAGCAAUCGAUUGUGGAGUCAGAUUGUUGAUAAAAGGUAUAUCUUUGAUAUAUCAAAGAAGGAAGCAGAAGAAUUGAAGAACAUAAGCAAGCAAGAUGUUGUUGAGUGGUACCGGACAUAUUUCAGACAGUCGUCUCCGAAGUGUCGGCGACUUCUCAUUCGGUUAUGGGGCUGCAACACAAAGUUUGAAGAUGAUGUUGCACUGCCUGAAACUGUGCAAGCCAUAAAAGAUCCAGCUUCAUUUAAAAUGUCAUCCGAGUUUUAUCCAAAUCUUUGUUAAAACCUGAAGAUAUGCAUUUUUGAACUCAUGAAGUACCAUUCAGAUUUGAGAGCCUUUGUUUUUUAAGUGUAAAUUACAUUUAUGUGCGAAUUAUUUAUUGAUCAAUAAUAUUUUGGAAUGGGGAAAGUUCAGUAUACAAGCGAUUAGGGCUUGUAACUAUUACAAGUU